CAGUAGAGUACAGUAAAUACUGUACUAUUGAAUAGCAUUACACACAUAAACACAACACACACUUGUGUUUAUCGCCAUAACAUUGUAUAUACAGAGAGAGAGAUAUAUAUAUUACAGUCAAACCAAACAAACCUAUCGAUCGAUCGAUUCAAUUGAUUUGUGUCACUCAGCUGUUUGUUUGUCAGACACGUGUGGAUCAACUCUUUAUCUUUAAGCUGACACCUUAACCGGCGCGUCGACACCGACACCGACAAUGUCGGCACAAGAUGUCAAACAGAUGUUCUUAUCGCAACUGAAAUGCUAUUUAGAUAAACAUAAGAUGAGGGAAGCGGUCGAACUGUUCCGCAACGAUCAGAUGAAACAGUUGAUUGUCACCGAUUUCGAUAUUGUCUGGGAUCUCAUACCGUUGGUCUGCAAUCGUUUGCGUGGUCUCAAUGAGUUCCGAUUCAAGACGUUCAAUACGUGCGAACAGUUGCUACUCGAAGUCAGUGUCUUAUGUAAGCCGAAAGAGGUGUUGAUUGCCUUUUUGGCCGAAUUGGAAAACGAUACGAUCGGCGGCAGCGGCGGCGACAGUGGUAGUGGUGGUGCGACCAACGAUGACUAUCAUCAACAGCUGUGCGAUCAUAAUGUCUUCAAAGCCAUACUGAAACCGCUUGAGUGUGUAUUGGUUCAGUUGCCGACCAAACGUAAUGAGACAUUGAAAUGGGUUUUAUCGACAUUGAAUUCGCAUAUAACUCGUCUGUCGACCGCAACCAUCGAUGACUAUCAGUUUGAUGGCCAAGAAAAGCAAUUUAUCGAUAAUGAUAUUAAUGCCAAACAGAUUAACAGUGUAUUACCGCUGUAUAUAUCGUUUUUAGCCACAUUUGUCAAUGAAGUCGAUGUUACCAAACAAAGUACAACAACAACAACACAAACAACCGGAACAAUGACAGACAGUCAGACAAUAACGACGACAACAGCAAACUGUAAUAGCAAGACAUCGGAUCCACAUAUCCAGCGAAAUAUCCUAUUGAAGGCAUUGUUACGACUACUGGAUCAUCCAUUGCUUCACUUGGAUCUCACCGAUGAAACUCAAGGAGAAUCCCGCGAGUUAGCCAUCAAUGUAGUCCAACUGAUCUCCCGUUUACAGUCCAACUAUUAUAUGCUAUUCGAACGGCUCGACCUCAUCAGCAAUAAUAAGAGUGGCAGUAGUAGUGAUAGUUCGGACAUUGAACUAACAAAAGAGACAUUUAUCUCGUCGAUGGCCAAUCUGUCAUAUCUGGUACACUGCGAGACGUGUUGUGCCAUCAAUUUUCUACCGACUGUCUACACCCAUGUCUAUGUCUUUGAAAUUCAUCUGCAAUUCAUUGACCAUUUGCUUCGGUCGGACGUAUCGUUGAUCUACGAAAAGGGUCUGCUAUUGGCUCAGCAGCUGUUGUCCCAAAUCAACGACAGGCAACUCGAGGCCAACUUCUUGGACCUGAUCCGUGCUAUACCAAUUGAAAAGUCACUUGUCCAGAUAAUGGUCUAUUCGGCCAUUGAAAGUCAUCGUAAACGAGCUCUAACUAUCUUUCGGCGUCUGGUCGUCGCCUUCGACAACAGUGGUCGCUAUAAAAUUCUAUUGUCAUUACUAUCGCAACCCCAACAACAUUCGGGUCUUCAGGGACUUGUUAUCAGUAUAUAUAAAGAUUUUAUGUUUACAUCGGAUCUGUUUCUCGGCCAACAUUUACAUCGAAUGCUUAAGUCGGCCAUCAAGUCAUCGCUACCCGAACAAGUGGCCAGCGAUCUACUGGAACAAAACGAUACAAUAUUUGCCACAUUAAACCUAAUCAGAUAUAUUUGUCUAAAAGACAGCCGAUCGACAAAUGAAACAAAACUAUGGGAUCUAAUGCCUUAUAUCGGGGACAACCUGUUGAAGCCGUUACAUAAAGCCCUGGACUUAUCCCGGGCUCACUAUAAACUAGAAUUAUGUAAAUUGAAAGAACAGAAGACCAGCGGUAGUGUCGACAAAAGCGGCAAAAAUUCAGUCAACUUUGAGGUGAAGAUCGGCGGCGCCCGGAAUGGCGGUGUUUUGCCUAACAUUCCCAUCGAACAGAAGCAUCAGAUUGUUUUGCUAGCGCUCCAGAACUUUGAUCUAAUCGAAAGUAUUUUAGUUAGAGUCGAGGAAAUUAUCAAUGAAUGAUACCAUCAAUCAAUCAAUCAAUGAAUGCAAAUACUUAACACCUAAAAAAACCCGACCAUCCAUUCAACCAAUUCUAUGGAUAACCCCCACCUUCUCCUUGUUUAGUCAUCUCUCUCUCUCGUUAUCUGUAUUUCUCUCUUUCACUAUCUCUGUCUAUCUAUCUCUUGUAGAUUAAGAUCCCUAAUCCCCGCCUAAUCACAAACACUUGAUAUAAAUGUGUUAAUCAUUUUUAUUUGUUUUAUUUCAC